GCGGCACUUCCGGGAGCGCGGCGUGAGGGAGCGGGGGAACCGGGAGGGACCGGGGGGAACCGGGAGGGUCCCGGAGGGUCCCGGAGGGUCCCGGGGGGGUCCAGCCGCCCCCGGCUCGUCCCACAGCGGGCUCGGGGCCGCUCCGAGGCGGCUCCCGCGACCGAUCCCGCUGUAGUUCCCGUUGCGGAGGCCGUUACCGGUUCCGCGCUCCGGUGCGGCCGCCAUGGGCCGCCGCAAGUCGAAGCGGAAGCCGCCGCCCAAGAAGAAGAUGACGGGGACGCUGGAGACGCAGUUCACGUGUCCCUUCUGCAACCACGAGAAGUCCUGCGACGUCAAGAUGGACCGCGCCCGGAACACCGGGGUGAUCUCGUGCACCGUGUGCCUGGAGGAGUUCCAGACCCCCAUCACCUACCUGUCGGAGCCCGUGGACGUUUACAGCGACUGGAUCGACGCCUGCGAGGCCGCCAACCAGUGACACCGGGGGGACACCGGGAGGGCGGCACCGGCCGGUGCCCAACGGCCGGCGGGGCCGGGACCCCCCCGGGGCUCGGUGUCCCCCGGGCAGUGACCCCCGGGGCUCGGUGAGCCCCCAGCCGUGUCCCUGUCCCCUCGGGGGGGACACCGGCGACAGCGGCGCUGCAAUAAACGGCCCGAGCCGGUG